CACGUCGAAUUUUUGAUUACGUUUUUCGCUUAGGUAGAUUUUUACGCGAGAAUAUUAACACAGUUAUUUUACAAUUUAAUCUUUUAGAUUCUGCUUUUCUUCUCCGUAUUGGAAAUUUUAAAAGCUUGCAAAUCAGUCCCUGCUGGAAUGGAAAGCACGGCGAUUCGUGAUUCUGAGAUCAGUGCUUCUUCCAACUACGAUGUCUACCAUCGUGACAUUUACGCCCGAUUGAAUCACAUGACAGGCUAUUGGACUCCAGCCAUCGCUGAUUCCAAUCCAUGGCUGCAAAUCGACUUUAAAUCGACGACAACUGUGGACUCUAUCAGUACACAAGGAGCGAAAACCUUCACUGUUAGCUAUGGAGACGAUGGCGUAGCAUUUACAGUCUUUACAGAUUUUACCGAUCUUGACAAGAUCUUUCCUGGAGACUAUGAUUUGCAAACUACGAAGAAAUAUUCGUUUUUUCCGCUUAUCGAGGCACGAUACGUUCGCGUCAAUCCGCAAAAAACCGUAUAUCACAUUGGUCUACGAGUGGAAUUCCAUAUAUGCGCUCAAGAUUGUUUUCCUACCAACCCAUGUCAGAACACCGGAAACUGCGUCAGUUCAGAGCUGGGUCUUUAUAAUUGUGUUUGUCCUGCACUAACUAAAGGCACUCGUUGUGAAACUUGCUCUAGUUCAAUUCCUCUUGGAAUGGAAAGCGGCGAUAUUCUGGACGCCCAAAUCACAAGCUCGCCGACGGGUUCGCGUUACGGUCUCUACAACGCAAAAUUCGCGAGGUUGAACCAAACAGCUAUACCUCAUGUUACACUGGGUGGUUGGAGUCCAACACCCUUCUCAAAUUCCUAUCUGGAGAUUGAUUUCACGAUGAAAACAACGUUGACAUACUUGUUGACGCAAGGCAAGGAAGCCACGAUCGGCGUAACGGUGACCAAAUUCAAAAUGACCUACACAGCAUCGUCUAGCCGCACUUACUUUUCGUACAUAUCAACUUCGUCUGGUCAGUUUUUUUAUAUGGAUGCGAACAACAAGAACAUUACUCGCAACGAUUUUCAGCCCAUGGUCAUAGCACGUUAUGUGAGAUUCUAUCCACUCGAGUACAACAUUCAACCAGUUGUGAGGAUGGAGUUCUACGGAUGUAUGGGGGUUCAUCACUGUUUGAGUUAUCCAUGUCUGAAUAACGGAACAUGUAGUCAAUUAUCCAACGGCUACAAUUGUAUUUGUGUUGAUGGUUUUAUUGGGUCGCGAUGUCAAACUCCAGCCCCAACCACGUCUCCUCCUAUCAAUUACUGCCUGAGUGAUCCAUGUCUAAAUAACGGAACAUGUAAACAAUUAUCCAACGGCUACGAUUGUAAUUGUGUUAAUGGUUUUACUGGGUCGCGAUGCCAAAUUCCAGUUCCAGUCCCAACCGCUUCUCCUUCUAUUAACUCGGACUCUGGUAGUUCCGAAAUUGCCGAAGGUUCUGGAAUGCUUGACGAAAUAGUUCCUGCCCCCCCUGAGAUCAUCCCAGUUCUUCCAACUGCCGUAUCAACGCCUCGUCUGCUUAAAACAACUCAUGGAUAUUUAGGAAUUACUACAAGUCCUUCGCCUACUCAUCAAGCAACUCGAGCAGUUUUGCAAUCAAGUUCAAUUCCGACUAACUUGGUAUCGAUCACGCCAGGCUAUGUUUCAAUCGCAGGUUUCGCACUAAAUCCUUUAUCACCUCAGGAAUUUGGGAAGAGUUUCACUGUCGUGUGGAACAUGACCGCUGGCACAAAUGUCACAAUCGCUGUAUCAUACAACGGUAUCCCAUGCUGCAAUGCAGGCCCACUUACCAACGUUAGUGGACAAUGUGAUUGCCUAAUGUCUGAUCCAGGCCACUUUGACUCUGAUGGGGUUGUUAAUAUUAGCGCCGUGGCCUCAAAUUUACUGUCUAGUUCACCCUCAUCAAUCGAAGUGGAGGUGUUGAAAAUCAUUACCCAAGCGGGCUUUACAGCGUUAGCAAGUUACUCGGACUUCGGGGUCAACAUCGAGGGUCGUGGGAGCCAGGGAAAUAUCUUCCCAGCUGAACAUCCCGUGAAAUUCAAUUGCUCGUAUGCAGCAUUUUGA